AUGCAUCCAUUUACGGUCAUAUUCCGGAACCUCUUCAGCCUGUUCAACGGGAUCGGCUACCUGCGGCCGUGGAAGGUCAAACACAUCGAGGUGCUGAACAUCACCUUCGAGAAGGAUGACCUCAGCAAUAUUCUGAGGGCGUUCAGGAAAUUGCGUCCGAUCAGCCUCACGCUGCUCAACUGUGCAUACGACGUUUUGACCGAGUUGGAAAGAACGCGUCUUGCCGUUGGGCUAACUGACGGCGGGCGGAUACAGGUAAUCUACAUCGGCCGUACCAGCGCGGUGAAACAGCCGCUCCCCGGGGCGAUCACCGCCAAGUAUGACGACAAAUCGUUGAGAGUGAUAUCGGAAGAUGAAGGCGAGGAUGAAGAGGAUGAAGAUGAGAAUGGCGAAGUCAACAUCGGCGAGACUGACGAUCUGGUGAUGAAGAGAUCUGGCUUCGGCAGCGCCCUGCCUCCGCACUGGACGGUCGGACCGAAGGGAUGUUAUGAUUAUGCUCGUGACCUGAAAUCGCGCUGGGACCACCAGGACCACUGCCGCAGCAUCGGAUCAAAUCUGACGUCCGUGGUUGAUACCGAGGAAAAUAACUGGCUGGCAGAGUUUGCAAUCAAACGCGGCGGGUUGUUACAUUUUUGGACUGGCGGAAGAGUGGCUGCCGGCGCGAACAUGACUUGGGAUGACGGCCAACCCUCCACCAUCGCCAAUUGGGCCAGACUUUUUGGGGUUCAAAACCGGACAACGUGCAGACGGAGCCAUGUAUUGAAGGUGAUGACGUUUGCGCCUUACAAGUCCCGAUGGAACAAUGACCCGUGCUUCUGGCUAAAGCCUGCAAUUUGCAAACGUGCAUUCUCUGGA